UAUCGCAGACUGUGGAGAUGACGCACUGAGCUUCAGUGUAGAUAGUAUUGUGUGAAUAUGGCCCCCUUUCCGGACGAGGUGGAUGUUUUUACUGGUCCACAUUGGCGAAUGAAGCAGCUAGUGGGCCUAUAUUGCGAGAAGCUGUCAAAAACCAACUUCUCCAACAACAAUGAUUUCCGGUCAUUUCUUCAGUCCCUGUGCGCCACCUUUAAAGAGUUCAAGAUGCAUGAACAAAUUGAGAACGAGUACAUCAUCGGCCUGUUGGAACAGCGCUGCUGCACUGUGUACAAUGUGCACUCUGACAACAAACUCUCUGAAAUGCUGUCCCUCUUUGAGAAAGGCCUGCACAGUGUGAAGAGUGAAUAUGAGCAGCUUAACUAUGCCCAGCAGCUGAAGGAGAGACUGGAAGCUUUCACACAAGACUUUCUGCCGCACAUGAAGGAAGAGGAAGAGGUGUUUCAGCCUAUGCUUAUGCAGUACUUCACCUAUGAGGAGCUCAAGGACAUCAAGAAGCAGGUGAUAGCACAACACUGCAGCCAGCAGCACUGGGACUGUGCUGCUGAGGUGCUGAAAGGCUUCAGCUUAUGGAGCCAGGCUGAGGAGCUGCAAAAAGCCUUUAAAUAUGCCGAUCAUGAGAAGACAGAUUAUGAACUCGAAAAGAACCGAAAUUCCUCCACCCACAUCUCCCAGCUUCCUACAGAGAUCAUGCUCAGACUGUUCCACUAUCUUAGCCCUGAAAGUCUGUGUCGUUGUAGUCAAGUGUGCAGCUCUUGGUCAGAGCUGGCCAAGACCGGCUCUCUGUGGAGGCACCUGUACCCUGUGCACUGGGCCCGAGGGGAUUAUUAUAGUGGCCCACCUGAGGAUCUGGAUCAGGAGCCCGAUGAGGAGUGGGUGAAGAGUCGUCAGAAUGAAGGACGGGCCUACCAGGAAUGGGACGAGGAUGCUGAUGUUGAUGAAUCUGAGGUAUCGGGCCAAAAACAGAGCUCCCUGGCAAUCAGCACGGCUCAGCGUGAGAAGAAGCUCCUAAAUGGGAUUAUUCAGAACCUGCUGCCAGCUGUUGGUCCGUCUGUUAAGUCCAUUGUUCUGGCCUACAGCUCUACAGUCUCUAGUAAAAUGGUCCGCCAGAUCCUCAGUUUCUGCCCAAAUAUCACUCACCUGGACCUGACCCAGACAGAUGUCACAGAUUCUGCAUUUGACAGCUGGUUAUCCCUGGGAGCAUGUCUCUUUCUGGAGCACCUGGAUUUGUCAGGGUGUGAGAAAAUUACUGAUCACACUCUGAAGAAACUGUCUGUUGGACUGGGUGACCGCACAUCUUCCCCCUGUUCGGGCAAAAACCCAGACCGUCGAGCUAAGCUUCUGAAAAGUUCACCAAUACCCAUCACAUUCAUGGAGGAGAAAGGCCUGCAUCCAGUCGUGCGGAAGCGUCAGGCUCUCAUCUUCAAGCAUGGAGCUGGCCGUUGGGGUACUGCCAGCACCCCCACACGGGUGUGGGUCCUCGACUCCUCAGACCUCGCUGAUAUUGAAGAUGCAGCAGACUGGAGCCGUCAUAGUGGAAUAGCUCUUCGUGCAGAAGAAAGCUUUGUAGAGACCCAGCUUGUGGGAGGCUCAUGCUGCUGCAGGAGGAGCAGGAGGCGUGGGCACAGGACUAGCUCAAAUGCCUCUUAUUUGCAUCAGCAGUUUGCCAUGUCUGGGGAAAUAUUUUGUGGUCACUCCACCUGCUGCGCUAGCGACAUGGCCCUCAGGACAUUUACUGGGCCUCAGAGUGAAUCGAGCACAUUCAGAAGCAGCACUGCAGAGUUUCGGACUAAAUGCUCCUCAGUUGGGGGCCUGCAGUGUGGGAAAAGGACUGACCAGUCAGAGGAAAAACGCUCACUGAGGUUUCUCAGCCUCUCUGGAUGUUAUCAAGUCACAGAUUUGGGUUUGAGGGCUCUGUCGCAGCGUGGAGGACUUCCUGUCCUGGAGCAUCUCAACCUGUCUGGCUGCCUCUUCAUCACUGAGGCGGGGCUGCAGGAGCUGGUGUCAGCCUGUCCUUCCCUCAAUGAUGAGCACUUCUAUUACUGCGACAACAUCAACGGUCCUCAUGCAGACACAGCUAGCGGCUGCCAGAACCUGCAGUGUGGUUUCAGGGCCUGCUGUCGCUCCGGAGAGUGAUCCUGCCGAGCAACGCUCUCCUAAAAUGUCUCGUCUCCUUUUUUAUUGCACUUUAUCCUGGGAAUACCGGUUGCUGUAUUUUGUGUCACUUCUAAAUGUUUCAGUAUGAAACAGUACAUUCUGCUCCUGUUAUUUCCAUUUCCAUCUAUAUUAAAAAGGAAAUAAUCUUCAGAAAAGGUAAAGGGGUAAUAAUGGAUUUGAAGUGUCUGAAAAUGUAAAUUCUGGUUGGUGUUUUUUGUUUUGGAUUUUGAAAAUUUCAAAAAAAAUCAGAGAAUCGAAAAAGACCAAGUACUUUGAGUUUUCUGUUGUAUCACUACACUGAUUUACACAAGUCUUCUCCCCCCUGCUGUUUAGUUGAUCCAUUUAUUCAGAGCAUAUUGUAGACUGCACCAAAAUGUUUGUCAUGUCAGCUUGGUAUAAUCCACAUACAGACCCUCUAAAGAUUUUUUGUAACCUACCUUACUUUCAUGCUCAGUUCACUGCUGAUACUGGCUCAGCCACCACUGAUACACGAGUACAACAUGGACACACAUAGGAAUCGGAACAUGAAGUCACAGUGUAGUCUUAACCUUUUUGUCAAACCAGAUGUUCAUAGUCACCAAACAAGCUUUCUCUUUGAUUCCUCUAUAUGCACUCCAGAGUUGUGGACGAAGAAAUGGACCAGUGUUCAUCUAAAAAGGAUUUAACAGAUUAAUAACACUCGGAUUGGGAGAAGCCUACUGUGUAGAUUAUGUUUCAUCUCGGCUCAUUCUGCUGCAGAAUUUAAUUGCGUCUUGAAAAAAUCUCACGAGGAGCUCUAAUGGAAAUGUUCAAUUCAUAAAUGGAACAAUAAAAGUACCUUGGGGAUAAAAA